AUGGAGGAAACAUAUAUCUAUUGUGAAAUUCAUCCUGACAGUGAUACAAUUAUUGACAAAACACCAUACCGCUGUAGAAUUUGUGGAGAAGCAUUCAGUAGCAAUGAUUCUUUAAAACGUCAUAAAGAAACUCAUGGUGAGAAACCAUACAAAUGUUAUAUCUGUGGAAAAGCGUUUUCUAGAAACUGUCAUCUUACAGUUCAUAACUAUAGUCAUACCGGUGAAAAAUCAUACGGUUGUGAUAUAUGUGGAAGAGCAUUUGCAACGAGUAGUUCACUAAAUGUUCAUAGUCAUAUUCAUACUGGUGAAAAACAAUAUAAAUGUGAUAUUUGUGGGAAAGCUUUUCUUAGAAACAACGAACUUUCAUUUCAUAAAUAUAGUCAUACUGGUGAAAAACCAUUCAAAUGUGACGUUUGUGACAGAGCAUUUAUUAGAAGUAAUUCUUUAAAACGCCAUAAACUUACUCAUACUGGUGAAAAACCGUAUAAAUGUGACAUUUGUGAUAAAGAGUUUUCUAGAAACCAUGACCUUUCUGUUCACAUAUACAGUCACACUGAAGAAAAGCCUUAUAAGUGUGACUUUUGUGGAAAAGAAUUUUCUAGAAACUAUUCGGAUAUUGCAAAUUUGCUUUUUAUAUUUCCCUUUCGCAUUAAAUACUCUGUUUUUACGUUCACCUAUUUAAAAUGCGAUUUAAAAAGUUACAGAAUGUCUCAAGGAAAAUUUAACAGCGAAUAA